UGUGAGUGUAUAAAUAGGGGCCGGGUAAGGAAUGAAAUUGAGUGGGGAAAUUAAAGAAAAAGCAGUGUCUGGAGAGUGGAGAUGGUAAUUGCAGUGAAGGCAAUAUAUGUGUACCCAAUAAAAUCAUGCGGUGGAAUAUCUGUUGCGGAGGCUCCCAUCUCCUCCACUGGAUUCCGGUGGGAUCGGCAGUGGGUGGUGGUCAACUCCAAAGGCAGGGCUGUAACACAAAGAGUGGAACCAAAGCUAGCUCUCGUUCAAACCCAACUCCCACAUGAAGCAUUUUCACUCGAUUGCCACCCAAGCAACCACUCUUUUUUAGAGAUAAAGGCCCCAGGCAUGGAAGUUCUGAAGGUUGCAUUGGUGAAAUCAUCAUCAUCAUCAUCAAGUGGUAGUGGUGAAAAGGUGGAUGGCAUCUCAGUGUGGGAAUGGAGUGGAUCCGCAGUUGAUGAAGGAGCUGCUGCUGCACAAUGGUUCUCUAAUUAUCUUGGAAAACCCUCCCGCCUAGUGCGUUUUAACCAUGUAUCAGGAGUAAGGAAGGUGGAGGCUGAUUACGCCCCUGGAUACAAUGUUAUGUUUGCUGAUAUGUAUCCUUUCCUCUUGCUGUCUCAGGGAUCAAUGGAUGCGUUGAAUGCUCGUCUCAAGGAACCUGUGGCUGUCAACCGCUUCAGACCCAAUAUCCUGGUGGAUGGAUGCGAACCGUUUUGUGAAGAUUUGUGGACGGAGAUGAGGAUUAAGAAUGCAACAUUUAAGGGUGUGAAACUAUGCUCGCGGUGCAAGGUGCCGACUGUCAAUCAGGAAACAGGAACAGCCGGCGGCUCAGAGCCCACCGACACUCUGCUCAGCUUCCGUUCCGAUAAAGCCCUGCGACCAAACAACAAACACCAAAAAGGGAAAGUCUAUUUCGGACAGAACUUGGUCUGCACCGACUCACUUGCUACUCAACCAGGAAACGGAAAGACCGUCAAACUCGGAGACACCCUCAUCGUCCUUAAAACGGUGCCAUCCGCCGACGCCGCCGCUGCCUAAUUGCACCCCCCCCAUCCUAUGUAUGCUACUUACUUCCAAUAAAUACUACAUUUACCUGUU